AUGGCUUAUCUGCCCUCUCCAAGUCUAACAACACUUAAACACAAUCCUAAGCCUACAUGCUUCUCUCCUUUAAAACCCACUUAUUCUGACCAUCUUUGCUUCAUCACAACCCAAUUCAAAAGCCACCCUCAAAGGUGCAAUGCAUUCUUUGGUGACAAUAUCCCUGGAAAUGUUUUGAAGACGACUCUCCAUUUGGACCAAUUUCCUCCUUUUCAAUAUGGUUACAUGCAGUUUCAAACAGCUACAGAGGAACUCUCAGAAACACAGAAGUGGGGUUUCCUGAUUUUUGCUGGGAUUACAUGGAUAUACUUAACUGCAAGACCAGGUAUUCUCAUAGGUGCCAUUGAUGCAUACCUUCUUGCUCCUCUGCAAUUGGUUUUGGAUAGUUUGAUUGGAAGGAGAAGGUUGAAGAGUACUGAUUUUGUGAUUGGGGACAAGUUGGGAGAAGGGUCUUUUGGUGUUGUUUAUUCUGGUGCGGUUGUUCCAAAGAAUGUGAAUGUUGAAGAGACGGUGCAGAAGAGAGGGAAGGGCAGAGCUCCACAGUUGGAUGAGAGGUUCAAGGAGAAGGUCAUCCUCAAGAAGGUGAAGAUUGGAGUUCAAGGGGCUGAAGAAUUUGGCGAAUUCGAGGAGUGGUUCAAUUACAGGUUGUCUAGAGCAGCACCUGAAACAUGUGCUGCGUUCCUGGGAAGUUUUGUUGCUGAUAAAACAAGUUCUCAAUUUACAAAGGGUGGAAAGUGGCUUGUUUGGAAAUUCGAGGGAAACCAAACUCUUGCCGAUUACAUGAAAGAUAGGAAAUUCCCUUUUAACUUGGAGUCUGUCAUGUUCGGACGUGUCUUGCAAGAUGUAGACUCUGUCAAACGCAGUGCAUUGAUCAUCAAGCAAAUAAUGCGUCAAAUUAUUACUUCGCUCAAGAAAAUCCAUGACACGGGCAUUGUUCACCGGGACGUAAAGCCAGCAAACUUAGUAGUGACAAGAAGGGGACAAAUCAAGCUCAUAGACUUUGGGGCAGCCACGGACCUCAGGAUUGGAAAGAACUAUGUACCAGACCGUACCCUGCUAGAUCCUGACUUUUGUCCUCCUGAACUAUAUGUGCUCCCAGAGGAAACGCCAGUUCCUCCUCCAGAGCCCAUUGCUGCAUUUCUUUCUCCAAUUCUUUGGCAGCUGAACAGUCCUGACCUCUUUGAUAUGUACUCUGUUGGAAUUAUACUAUUGCAAAUGGCAGUACCAUCCUUAAGGUCUUCAGCAGGGUUAAAGAAUUUCAAUUCAGAAAUAAAAACAGUUAAGUAUGACUUGAAUAAAUGGAGGAACUAUACUCGGUUGAGGCCUGACUUGUCACUUCUUGAUCUCGAUUCGGGUAGAGGGUGGGAUCUGGCCACAAAGCUUGUGUCAGAGAGAGGUUCCCUUAGAAGGGGGCGCUUAUCAGCGGCAGCUGCUCUGAGGCAUCCUUACUUCUUGUUAGCUGCUGACCAGGCAGCUGCAGUUCUUUCAAAAUUAAGUUUUACCAAAUACAUCUCAAGAACGGAGAGACUCACAAACAUGCAAGCCUUUGCCUGCGCUGCGUUCAUGGUUGUUGCCAUUUUUGCACCUGGUGACCUUGGGGAUGAGAAAAUGCAACAAUCAGAAGAGAAGAGAAUCCAAAAACCUGAAGGGAAGAGAGAAUCGAAGACUCUGCAAAAAUGGAAAAGUCCAGGUGGGUCCGCGUUGGCUUCUGGUGGGUCCUGUGGGUCCCCAUGGGUUCUGUUGGUCGUAGGUCACUUUUUUGGAUGGAUCUGGGUCGGUGGGCUUCAGUUGGAACCAUCAACACCAACUAAUGCCCUACUUGAUUUGAAAAAUCUAUAUCCCCCUUCUCUCGACUCUCCCGAGGCCACCUUAUUGACAGGUCUAUUGACAGUGCUAUGGUGGAAGUUGAGAGGAUUGAAGGAUCGCAGAUUCAGCAGCAGAGAGAGGAGAGAUAGCACUCGACACAAAUGCUCAAACUCGGAGCCGAAGUCUAUCCCAUCUCUUCGCGGCUACCGCCUCGUCUCACUCACUCUCAUCGCAGGUCAUCUUCUAUGA